AGUUCGUGUCGUGUCGUGUUGUGCUUAGUCGGUUUGUUCUUCGUCAUGAAUUUAUACCACGAGUUUCAUCCCUUUUGUGUGCAACUAGAAUAUUCCCAGUAAAUUGAUUUUCAUUUACUCACUAGAUGUAAUUUGCGUGUUUUCUAAAUCUAUAAUAGUUCACAAAAAGAAACAACACAAAAACGUCCUUGAAUUCAGUGCAAUUUUACAUAGUUCAACACGAUUGCAGUUGUGAUGGAAACUCAUUUCAGUGCAUCUACAAAACAAGUAACAUCAGCUGUGGAGGGAUACAAAUGAGAGAUAAUUAUAAAACAAGUGUGGUGUGUUCUAAUACCGGACAGUAAGAGGAGUUAAAAUUGGUCGCAGAUCGACAGGUUUUAUGUGCCCGUGACGGUGACAUGAGCACAAACAACAAACGGCGUGGAACAAGCAGUUCCAGUUGUUCUGUGUCUGGAGUACCCGCUCUCGUAAACGUCCCGACCGCAAUGUCUGCUGAUCUCGCAUCUCUCUUUGAAUGUCCAGUUUGUUUCGAUUAUGUCUUACCCCCAAUACUGCAAUGUCAGAGCGGGCAUCUCGUCUGCUCCAGCUGUCGACCGAAGCUAUCAUGCUGCCCCACCUGCCGUGGGCCCCUCGGUAAUAUACGAAACCUUGCCAUGGAAAAAGUUGCUAGCAAUGUCAUGUUCCCAUGUAAACAUUCUAAUACCGGUUGUACUGUCACUCUUGUGCAUACAGAAAAAGCGGAACAUGAAGAAGCUUGUGAAUUCAGACCAUACUCAUGUCCUUGUCCAGGUGCAUCAUGCAAAUGGCAAGGUGGAUUGGAUCAAGUGAUGCCCCAUCUAAUGAUGUCUCAUAAAAGUAUCACAACUCUGCAGGGAGAGGACAUUGUGUUCUUAGCCACUGACAUUAACUUGCCAGGAGCAGUCGACUGGGUUAUGAUGCAGUCUUGUUUCAAUCACCAUUUCAUGUUAGUACUUGAAAAACAAGAGAAAUUUGAUGGACAUCAGCAAUUUUUUGCUAUAGUACAACUUAUAGGUUCACGCAAAGAAGCAGAAAAUUUUGCGUAUCGAUUGGAACUAAAUGGACAUCGUCGUCGUCUUACCUGGGAAGCAAUGCCUAGAUCCAUCCAUGAAGGGGUAUCUUCAGCUAUAAUGAAUUCUGACUGUCUUGUAUUUGAUACCUCUCUUGCACAACUAUUUGCUGACAAUGGGAAUCUUGGAAUAAAUGUCACAAUAUCAAUUGCUUAGUCAAUAUUAACCUACUGUUAAUCACAGAAAUAGAUCAUGGGACAUAUUUAUGUGUUAACAAGAAGUAAUAUGUACCUCAUUGUCAUGUCAUUGAUAUUUAUAAUCAAACUUGUGUAAGUACCAUUGACACCUCAUUAGGCUACUACCAAAACCAUAAAUUUCUGCAAUAGCAAUAAAACCUUAAUCUGUUCAUGGUAAAGUUGUAGAAAUCUGUAGGUCAAAUCGGCAAAUUUUUACAUAAUAAUCAAUCACAUCUCAAUAGAAUCUGAACUAUUUACAUUUUGCCUUUGUACUAUCUACCUGAGGUCCAAUAUUAUUAGUACAAUGUCUUGCUCACAAAUCAAUGAUGAGAGGUAUACCUUUAAUAAUAUUGGGCUUCGGGAAGAUAGUACAAAGGCUUAAAAUGCAAGUAGUGGAGAUUGUAUUGAGAUACAAUUAUUAUUUAUAAAUUAGCUGAAUUGGCUUACUGGUUUUUGUAAUAACCUGAUGUGUUCACU